GCCCCGCCUCGCGCAGGCGCCGCUGGCCGCGGCCAUGGCGGAGAAGGCGCAGAAGAGCGUGAAGAUCGCGCCGGGCGCCGUGGUGUGCGUGGAGAGCGAGAUCCGCGGGGACGUGACCAUCGGGCCCCGGACCGUGAUCCACCCCAAGGCCCGCAUCAUCGCCGAGGCGGGGCCUAUCGUCAUCGGAGAGGGGAACCUGAUCGAGGAGCAGGCGCUCAUCAUCAACGGGUACCCAGAAAAUAUAACCCCAGAGAGUGAAGAUGUGGAGCCCAAGCCCAUGGUCAUUGGCACCAACAAUGUUUUUGAGGUUGGGUGCUAUUCCCAAGCGAUGAAGGUGGGAGACAACAACGUCAUAGAAUCCAAAGCGUUUGUAGGCAGGAACGUGAUCCUGACGAGCGGCUGCAUCAUCGGGGCCUGCUGCAACGUGAACACCUACGAGGUGAUCCCGGAGAACACCGUCAUCUACGGCGCCGACUGCCUGCGCCGCGUGCAGACCGAGCGGCCUCAGCCCCAGACGCUGCAGCUGGAUUUCCUCAUGAAGAUCCUGCCCAACUACCACCACCUGAAGAAGACCAUGAAGACUGCGUCCACCCCUGUCAAGAGCUGAGCACCCGCCUUAUGUUCCAGUGCCUGGGAAUCACUACACACUCCGGGAAGUGUACAGUCUCUACAUCCCUCAUUCCAUCAAAACAUUUCUUCCUUCUUUGUGUCAUUUAUUUAUCUUCCACCGGGAAUCUCCGACCUGCAUUGAGUCUUUUGUCUCUCAUGCAUUAACUCUACUGUUCGUGCUCUGUUUCGGGAAUAAAAUACCUCCUGUUCCUGUG